CAAAAGUUAUUUCCCUUGUCUUGUAUCCGGGUCUUUCCAACAUGUCAGCGCCCUGUAGAUUUUCAACAAUGUAAACUUGAUAGUCGUUUUAUCGUUUAAAAUUCAACCGUUUUUAGUUUCAGAAAGAUGUACACCCUGCUAUCUGGGCUGUGGAAGUACACGUUUCAGAAGGAUGAAUACAAUGUACUCAUUUUGGGUUUGGACAAUGCUGGCAAAACUACUUAUCUGGAGCAAACAAAAAUCAAAUUCACCAAGAAUUACCAGGGAAUGAACUUAAACAAGAUCACAACCACCGUAGGCCUGAACAUUGGCAAGAUAGACAUUGGACAUGUGAGGCUGAACUUUUGGGACCUUGGAGGGCAGGAGGAGCUCCAAUCUCUGUGGGAUAAGUAUUUUGCGGAGUCACAUGCAGUGAUCUAUAUUGUUGACUCUUCAGACACCGAGAGAAUCGAUGAGUCAAAGGACGCAUUUGAAAAGAUGAUCUCCAAUGCCCAGUUACAAGGAGUCCCUUUGUUGGUUCUGGCCAAUAAACAGGACUUACAGGAAUGUAUGACUGUGCCCAGCGUGAAGCAGGUUUUUUUUGAGACCAGUGAAAAGUUUGGAGGUCGAGAUUGUAAUAUAAUGGGCAUAUCAGCAUUGAAAGGGGAAGGAGUGAGAGAGGGGAUAUUAUGGCUGGUGGAGAGUAUAAAAAACAAUAGCGUAGUACGCCCUCCAAUGCAAAAAGAGAUCACAUGACCUUGGUGUCAUUCUGUGGCCACGUGACAGCAGAUGGUGCUAUCCUUCCCUCCAACUCUGUUGUCAUCUGUGUAGAAGUCUUUCUGAGGGAACAUAUGUUGUUAUCAUGAGAUUUAUCUCUAGAUUGUAUUUAUAUACAAUCUGUUUACUGACCAAAAUUUAUUUAUUAUGUAUUUAUAUUUUGAAGUUUUUAAAUGAUUUCUGACUUUGGCUGUGUAUAAUACAUGAACCGUAGAUAACUUAGAAAAAUGGACAAAUUUCUCAUCAGUAUAUUUUUAUGGUGCAUGUUCACAUGAUUUUUGAUUAAUGUAUUCCAACAAAUCUCAUAAACUGAUAUCAGAACUCACUUUCGUAAAUAAUAUUUUGAAUUGAAGCCCCCAAUAAUACAUGUACCACCAUGCUACAUUACUGUAUUCCGCAAUGUGAGUUUUCAUUGUUUGAUAUUUCAUCCAAGUUUUGUUCUUUUAAGACAUUAUUUUAACACGAGUCUGGGAAGGGCAUUCGCAUACUUCAUCCUAUUGUUGUCAAGAUGAUGUAUGAUGAUUGACAGUCUAGUGGAGGGACAUAAAUAACUGAGGGUAAAGUUUUACAUGAAUCAAUGGGAAAAGCUUUGAUUUCAUGAUCAACAUAUUGAUAAUUAAAAUUCUGUAUAGAUGCAGUGAUUUAUUGUAUGUAUUCGAUUGUCAUAAGACUGAGGACGUGUACAAUACAUAUAUAUAUAUAUACAUGUCUCAGUGAUGAAUACUGAACACAGUGCUGUUUUGUAAUCUAUUGUAAAACGUUGCACAUUUGAAUAUUAAAGAAGCAUGUUUUAAUGUGUAUUGGCA